AACUUCUUUGAUUCAAAGUACCCUGACUUUUAUACUCAUGGCAUUAAACAAUUACCACACAGAUGGCAACAAGUUAUUGAUAACAAUGACACUGUAAUAGGCUUUCAGAGAAUGAUCUUCCAAUAGAUUCUCAGUAAUCCACUGCAUUAAGAAUAGAAUAAUACAUCAGUUAUAUAAAAACCAAAUUUUUGUCUAACAAUGUUCACCGAUCGUUCGCUCGAUGCCGCAGGCUUUGAUUCACAAAUAUCAACUGCAAAGUCGGAAUCAUCAACGAAUGUACAAACAGCAGAGAUUGUUUAUAAUGAAAACCCGGUUCAAACAGUUGAAACAAGAAGCAUUGAGACUCAGACUAUUACUGUAGAGAAGAGAAAACCAAAUGUGGACUAUGAUAAAUUGGCACUGUUUUUAAAGAGAGUUACUCCAAGUAUAUUGGAAGCUUUAGAUGAGUCAUAUGGAACUGAUGCUUUUGAGGAUUACGAUACGAAGACUAGUGAAGAUUCUGUCACGAGCACACAGCUCGUGGAGAAAAUUAAUACAAGUGAACUGGAAUCACAUAUGAAAGUAACAGACAUGUGUUGGAGUAUUGGAGGAGGAACAUUAGUUGUUUCUUAUGGGAUUCCUUACCAUGAAACAUGGUGUGAUCACCUCUCUAAAAUACAACUAUACAAGCAGACAAAGGACGGUACUUUCAUAAACAGUCCACAUAAAACAUUGGAGACAAAUGCAUGUGUGACAACACUAGCUUAUCAUCCAACUGAACCAUCUAUUUUAGCAGUUGGUUUAUUUAAUGGUGAUGUUCUUGUUUGGAACUUGAGGGAUGAUGUAUCACUCACAUCAGUAUCAGUUUGCACUCAUGGUGAUACUGUAUCUCAAAUAUACUGGAAACCAAAAACAAUAAAUGAUGCAUCCUUGCUUGUUACUUCUAGUAAAGACGGUUAUAUUUAUUUCCAUAAAAUGGUAGCUAACUUUACCAUUGCUCAUGUAUAUACAAGAUUAAAAAUAGCUAAAGAACAUAAUCCAAUAGAGAAUAGAAGACCACGUAGUGCCGGUGGAUCUCGAGAACGUGCAGUGGAGUCUGGAUUAUGUAUUACCACGUUUGACUUUUCAUCCGUAGAUCCUAUAUUUUUUAUAGUUGGUACUCUAUGUGGUGGAAUAUAUAAAUGCAGUGUGGAGCGAAUUGCUCCUAUAGAAGGCGAUGGAACUCUUAUGGAUCCAGUGAUAGACGAAUACGAGAGGCACGAUGGAAGCAUUACUUGUAUCAAAUUCUCUCCUAUUCGUAACUUAUUCGUUACUUCUGGUACAGAUAAAGAAAUGCGUAUAUAUGACUUUGAAGAGCACACGUGCCUGCGAUCGAUUUCCUUUCAAAAUACAAUCGUGGGAUUAACUUGGAUGUUGGGAAAUCCAGAUGUAUUAGCAACUUAUGGCGCGGGUUCGAAUGUGAGAUUAUAUAAUAUUGCUGAUGGUACACCUGUAACUGCUAUAAAGUUUGAAACAUCCGACAGGGAUAAUACAAGUUGCUUGCGUGUGAACUCUAAAAAAGAUUUGGUGGCCAUUGGCGAUACGCAAGGAAACGUAGAAAUCUGGAAAAUUCCACGACAACUGCUUUAACGAAAAUGUAACAAACACUGCAGUAAAAUUUUCUUUAAUUCAGAAAUUAUACUAGAAAAACACGUACCCUGCUUUUUUAUAAGUGUCACACAAAUAUAUAUUUGUUAAAUAUAUGACACUUUUAUACAAAAAUA